GCCAGAACAUGUCUUCCAACCUGGAAUCAGCAAAGGACAUGCUUGUUUUCUUAGGGAAGUCACUGUUUAGUAUUUUGGAGGCCCUAUUUUUUCAACUUAUCCCAAAGCCAAAAAAGAAUGUUGCUGGUGAAAUAGUUCUCAUAACAGGAGCUGGGAGUGGACUCGGAAGGCUCUUAGCCUUGCAGUUUGCCCGCCUGGGAUCAGUGCUCGUUCUCUGGGAUGUGAAUAAGGAGGCAAACGAGAAGACUCUACAGCUAGCUCGGGAAGCAGGAGCUGCCAGAGUGCAUGCCUACACCUGUGACUGCAGCCAAAGGGAAGAAGUGUACAGAGUGGCUGACCAGGUUAAAAAAGAAGUUGGUGAUGUCUCUAUCCUCAUCAACAAUGCUGGCAUUGUAACAGGCAAGAAGUUCCUCGACUGCCCUGAUGACCUCAUGGAAAAGUCACUUGAUGUCAAUUUCAAAGCACAUUUAUGGACAUAUAAAGCCUUCCUGCCUGCCAUGAUUGCUAACAACCAUGGCCAUUUGGUUUGCAUUUCAAGUUCAGCUGGACUAAUUGGAGUAAAUGGGCUGGCAGACUAUUGUGCUAGUAAAUUCGCAGCCCUUGGAUUCGCUGAAUCUAUGUUUGUCGAAACAUUUGCUGAAAAACAAAUGGGGAUCAAAACUACAAUUGUGUGCCCAUUCUUCAUAAAAACUGGAAUGUUUGAAGGUUGCACUACUAAGUGUCCUACUCUGUUACCAAUUCUGGACCCAGAAUAUGCAGUCAGAAAAAUAAUUGAAGCUAUUCUGCAGGAGAAGCUAUACUUAUAUAUGCCCAAGUUUUUGUACUUCAUAAUGUUCUUAAAAAGCUUCUUGCCUAUUGAGACAGGAAUACUUAUAGCUGACUAUCUGGGAGUCUUUCAUGUGAUGGAUGGCUUCACUGGUCAAAAGAAGAAAGCUUAAAGAGAAGUUCCAUGCCCGAUGUCAUCUGAUACCCAUGGCUACAGCAGGCUUCUUUCAAAGAAGAAAGGUGAUUAUCUGUCUGACCGAACCCAAAGACGAGUACCACCUUUGUUCUUCUAUAAACCAGAAUGUCCCUCUGAUGUCUUUUAAAUGCAAUGCAUCCUUUUUUGUUGAGUAUUUUUGUUGUUGUUGUUCAUUGUUUGGAAAAUAAAACUGACCCUUU